AGAUAAUUACCUUUACAGCAUAACUACAAUCUGGACUGGGGCACCACCUUAACAAGCGGUUACAUUCAACAAAACUAUUUGUAAUAAGAUGUUGAUAUUUGAGCUUCACUCUAGGGUCUUUCACUAGCCUCAUAGCAGUCUGAUCAUCUACUAAAAUAGGACAAUUAUGUGCUGCACAUGCUAUUGUUUGUCCUACUCCUUCUUCCAUAAUUUUUGUUGUUAAAUACUCAUUCCAACAUUGAUAACAAAAUCUGUGACCACAUUCUAAACCUGUCAUUUGGGAAGAAGAGAAUAUCAUAAAACAAAUGUCACAUUCUUCAGUACCCAAAGCCUUAUUUGCUAUUUUAGGUUUUGCUACGUUGACUUUUUUGAAAGGAUUAAUAACAUGAGCUUCUCUAAACAGUUCAUCUUGAUUCCCAUCAAAGAAUUUUUCCAUGAGUUUCUCCUUAUCCCAAUGAAAGUAGUUCAAAAGUAUCCUCGUCGUUGUGGAUGGUAUUUGGACUACAGUGUUAACUUCUUUAAUGCAAUCAAUCAUGUGCUGGACUAUGUCGUCGGUAGAUAAUACCUCAUACUGAUAUUCCUCAUCAUAGCACUGCAGUUCUUUACUGUGCGAAGCCGUAUCUACCUCUAUUACAAAAUCAACAUCAUCUCCACUUGUUUCGUUUCCUGAAUCUUCGUAGAGAUUAUCAUCGUCGACGUUCAUCGCUACCCUAUUCAAACAUUUGAAGUUUUUAAAAAAUAUUAACUAACACGUAUUAUUCGAGUUAUGACACCGUCUGAUUUAGACAAAUUAUUUAAACGCCAAAAUUAUUGUUUUGUUUGAUCAAGUUGCACCACUCCAAUUUACCAACUUUGCGCACUUCUCACAUGUUUGCAUGUCAAUGUGUCAAUGAUCUUUUGAUAUUCUGCUUUUUAUAAAGUUAACAAGCUGCUUAAGGUAUUGGUUAUCUCACUGAACUUUUAUAUAUUGUCCGUAUUUUUAAACAGAACCAGAUCAGUUUCCUGUUUCCAUCAUCUUUUGCGUCGUCGAAGUUAAUUCUAAAAAUGUGUUUUAAAAUUUAAAUGUCAAACUCAAACAUGACAGGAAUUAAAUGUUAUUGUAUUAACAGAAUCCGUAAUUAAAAAGAUAUGGCAUUAUCUUCGAUUAAUUUAACACAACAGUUAAAAGAAUGGGCACCACUAACAGAAUUGUUUGCAAAAUUGCCAGCGAAAAACCAAAGUGGAUUGUUUUAUCAAGAAGUUAAAGUUACUUGUAUAGAUGUUAUUUAUGAAUUCAUUGCACUUGGCACAAAUGUGGGCAUUGUUUAUUGGUUUGAUCGCAACAAAAAGGAUAUGCAAAGGCUUAGGUGUGAAAAUAAUAUUUCAAUAACUGCCUUAAAAAUCAUAUCUACUGUGGACUAUAUGGUAGCCUGUGGAAAUAGUGUAGGAAACAUAAGUAUAUUUCAAAUACCCAAAUCACACCCUGAUAAUAUACCAGAAAAUUUGCUACCCAAAAACAAACAAGUAGAAAGGUAUACAGUUACUGACUUGCAUAAAUCUCAAAUAACCUCCAUAGAAUGGUCUAAAAAUGGCAUGAAGUUAUUUUCAGGAGAUCAAAAUGGGUGUGUUGUAUUGACUGAGAUAGAUUUUUAUAUGCAUAUUUGUAAGUCAGUUGAAGUAUUAAAUGAAGCAUAUGAAGUAGUUCAAUUAAGUUAUAAUCAGCAACGCCUCUUAGUAUCUACAACUUAUAGGAGCAUUAUAUGCCAAAAAUUAGACAAAUGGAAAGUGUCACAAGUUGGGACAAAAGAUAGAAAAAUACUUGGAAAUUUUGGAGGUGUUAUUUAUCAACAUAGCGAAAAACCUUCAGACACCAAUCUUUAUUGCACGAGACCUGGAUUGAGAAUAUGGAUAUCAGAUAUCGAUGGCAAUGUACAAAAAACUCUCUUAUUUAAGGAUCUCUUGACAAAAGAAUGUUUCGAAGUUCCAUUGAUAAAUCCGAUUUCUUCAAGUUUACGAAGGAUAAAGCCUCAAAAAGAACCCGCCUUUGGAAUACUUUUGCCGUUUAAUCAAAAUCUUUUAGUUACUUACAACAAUGAUGUAGUUUAUAUUUUAGAUCCGAAGGAAAUGAGCAUAAUUUCUAAAGUCAGCCACCUCAGAGGUGUUUUACAUGUAUCCACCUACAAAGAUGAAAUUUUUAUUUUAGAAGAGGAUAGAAGUCUGGUUAGAUUAUCUUACAAGCCAGAUCCAGUUUGUGGAAGUACAUUUUCGACUGUGAACAACUCAUUUAUUCCAUUGUCAUCUAUCAAAGAUUUGACAACAAAAUUGCAAGUAACAACUAUCAUACCGGCCAUACCUCCAAUUCCGGAAAUGUCUUUCAAUCACGAUCUGAACGUUCACACAGACGAAAAUUUAAUCAUGAAUGCUGAAGAGGCGCAAGAAUUUCCGACGAGAAACAAUCUCGAAAUGCAAAAGAAAUUCGAAGAAAUCGGCAAAAAACAAUUCGAAGACGAUAUAUUGUAUAAAAAGAGCAAACAUCGAAAAAAACGAACCUCCAUCAAUACCAGUACGCUAAGCAUAAGUUCCACUAGUUCAGAAGAAAAAGAAUUAAAUUAUACCAGGCCGACGAUCAUGAAUCUUAGUACAGUAGGAGUUUUACCUGAUUUGAGAAGUCCGGAGUCGAUCAAAUAUGACAUUGAAUACAAAGAAAAAAUAUUAGCGGACGUAUUGAGUUUAGAUAAAGUUAAAAUAAAUACUGAGGUUAAGCCAGAUAGGCGCAACUCCAACAGUGACUCGGACAUUGAUAAGUUAGAGAUUUGUGAUAAGAUUAGUAAAAUUUUGUCUUCAAAAAGAACGCUACCAAGAAUGAAUGGUAAAGCAGACUUUCCCAAACCAGAAGCACCGCCGCAUUUAAGUAUUUUAAGUAAACCCAUAGAAAACCAUAAAAAAUCGAAUAGUUUAAGUAACAGUUCUGAUGUGCCUAAUUUUUCAAAAACUAAUGAAACCAGUAAAUCUACAAUAUCAAAGAAAAUUAAAGAAGACACUCCAGCUUGUAAGAGCAUUCCAAAUACAUGGGGACUGACCAACAUUCGUGUUAGAGAGAGGACCAUCAGUGUGAAAUCAGAUGAGUCCCUCAGCGAUUGGGAAAUUGUCUAAUUUUUAAUGUUCACAGUUUUGUUUUAUAUUUUUUUUUUGUUGGCCAUAUUUU